AUGAAGUCUCCGAUUCCGAGAAAUCACAUUGCUUGCCAGAGUAUUCAUCGUUUUGUGAUUGAAGCUCUUGGAUUCCGAACUGAGACAUUGUGCACUUGCCUUGCUGAGAGUCGUGACAUGUUAUGUCAACGUUACCCUGACCGGGCCCCUCAAAUUCUUGUUUUCUACGCCCAAGCUAUAGAAUUCCGGCAAACCCUCUUGGAUUCUUCGCGGAGAUCCGAAAGUUUGGACGAAGAAGUGAGGUGGUUCGAUGCAGAGGAAAAUUCAAGGCCCGAUGGCACCCAGCAUUCUCAAUUAUUCAGCCUGCCAACACCGGUGGCUGAAGAAGCCGGGGAACACGACUCUAUAUUAGCAAGUGCAGUCCAAGGUAUGGAAUUACGGAAUGAAGCCCAUGUCCGAUGGGGAGAAGGUUUGGAUCUCGCCCCUUGCCUGGAGACUAAUUCAGAAGUCGACAUUUCGUCCUCCAAAUCUUCCAACACUAUAGACGACGAAGACCAGAACGUCCGCUUCCGAGAAACCAUGACAUUGAGCAGUGCGACGACUCGCCGAAUCGUGUCGCCGCAAACGAGUGUGUGCACAGAUAUCCACUCCGUGGGUGAGGCGGAUCAGGGAUUUCGUCGAGAAACAGGACCUCAGCAUGAUGCGACCUACUAUCGGAAACUAAAUGUGCAGGCCAUUGAACGUAGCUUGGACACAGAGGAUGAUAGAUCCCCAACUAUCGAUUUUGAGCUGUCUUUCCCGGAAAUACAAUCACAGCAACGAACGGUAUCAUUCGCGGAAGCUGCACGCACUGUGAUGCACCGUGAGUGGGGAAGCGAGAAAAGGUCAGAUGAUGAUGAGAAGUUGGGUGUUCAGGAAGAGAUGCAAGAGCAAGGAAUUCGAAACUCGAUGGAGAGCUAUGCAAGGGGGAAAAAGGAGAAUGACAAGGGUCGAGCAGAAGACGAAACGGACGGAGAAGAGGCAGGCAACAAUGACGAAGACGACGACGAAACAUUCAGCGCGAGUCCAGACCGAGUACGAGAAAAAGAGCUGAUAGAACCUGCGACCGUACGACUUGCGGGUUCCAUUGAGUUAGGAGAGCGCUCAAGCAAUCAUCAAUCCAACAAACGACCUGUUGAGUGUACUGUUAAUGCAGGUCCUUCUUCAAAACGUACUAAGGCGACAACACAUGUGGACAACGGGUCCCUUACAGCCGGUGCUACCACUACAAGCGCAGAAAACCACGUCGAUCAGUCAUUUUGGGACGAAUGGGACAUGAAAAGAGCAGCCAUGACCAACCAUGAUCAGCAGACUGACCAGUCUGUCAAAGCUGCCCGGGUGUGGAGGCGUCUCUCCGCGAAACAGAGUUUGGGACUUUCCCGCAGUCGAAGGGGACAAAACACGUCGUUGCGUUAUGUAGACAAACUUGUCACGAUGGUUAUAGCAGUCGCCAAUUGUUAUGCCUUUGGAGCGCUGAAGGAGGUCAUAUGCCUAUUACAACAGGACAGAACAGCUAGGACCUCCGAGCUGUUCAGUAACGAUCCUAAGGUUCUGAUGGAAACAGUGAGCACUAUUGAAAAGGCAAGUCACUUACACAGCUACAUACGGCGAUUCACAUUGGCGCGUUUGGCCAACAUUUACGUGAGAUCAGUGGCAAACGGAGGACGAUUAACCCUCGACGAGAAUAAAGCGUACUCGUCGCAACGGCUGGCGGGCACCAACGCACGCAAGGCUGCGACCUACAGUGCUAUGAUCCUACAUAUCUGGGGAGUGCCAUUCCCCGCACAGAAUAAGGGUGCCAAAAUGACAAAACGAGGCUUUAUUGAUGCGUUCGCUGCUGAUGCGAUGAGGUGGAAUAAAUGUAAGGCCCGACUCCGUCACGAAAUCGACGCCGGUCAGCGCUGGCUUGGCAUGGCCACAAGAUUUGGCUGGUCCACCCUUGGCUUGAUCACACGAGAAUGGUCGGUCGGAGACAAGAAAGUGGUAGCCAGUGAUAGGAUGUGA